UGGUCUAAAACCCUAAAGCCCUAAACCCUUUGCAGUAUUCCAACGAAAAUCUCCCAAUCAUUCUUCUUCUUCUUCUACUCAAUCUGCCAAAUUGACUGCUGAAGAAAAGAGAAUCCCUCCCAUUUUUUUGAGCUUGCAAUAUUUCGCAUGACGUCCUCUGAAUCGAACACAGAAGUUGAUAGUAGCUGGAGUGGGAGUGAAUAUGAGAAAGAGCGAACUCCAAAGAUUCCAGUUUGGGAUUUGCCGGAUGUCCCCAAAGGGAAUCUGCCAUCCCAUCUUCAGCUUCAGAGAACCCGUGUUGUCUGCAAUAAAGAAGCCCCAACUCAUACAGAGAAUAUACAAUAUUCGGGUGCAUAUGCGGCCAUGGGAGUUGAUAACAGCUUACGGCUUGAUGACUUUAGAAAGAAUUUAAGAGUGGAAGUUGUUAGACUUACGGAGGAUGAUAUCGAGUUUGAUUUGAUUGGUAUUGAUGCUUCACUUGCCAACGCUUUUCGCAGAAUUCUCAUAGCUGAGCUUCCAACGAUAGCUAUUGAAAAGGUGCUUAUUGCUAACAACACAUCUGUCAUUCAAGAUGAGGUGCUUGCCCACAGACUGGGUCUUAUACCACUCCAGGUUGACCCAAGGCUGUUUGAGUAUAUUUCAGAAAAUGAUAUCCCAAAUGAGAAGAACACCAUUGUCUUCAAACUCCAUGCUCGGUGUGAAAAAGGUGGUCCAAGGAGUACAGUUAAAUCAGAUGAGCUGAAGUGGUUACCAAAUGGGAGUGAAUUUCUACUGGCCACAGAAAAUUCAGCUUCAAAUACAGCAUCAAAACAAAAAACUUAUACUUCUUUUAUUUCGAGCCAAGACUCUCUACCAGAAUUUUCCAACAAUCCUAUUGCGCCCAAGUAUCCGGAUAUUAUUAUUGCAAAACUUGGACCUGGCCAGGAAAUUGAGCUAGAAGCACAUGCUGUCAAAGGCAUGGGUAAGACCCAUGCAAAGUGGUCCCCAGUGGCAACUGCUUGGUAUAGGAUGCUCCCUGAGGUAGUGUUGUUGCAAGAAGUUAAAGGGGUCAAAGCAGAAGAACUAGUGAACAAAUGUCCUGUUAAAGUCUUUGACAUUGAAGACAUUGGAAAAGGUGGCAAAAGGGCAAAUGUGGCGCGACCACGAAGUUGCACACUUUGUAGAGAAUGUAUAAGAGGAGAUGGAUGGGAGAAGUUUGUGGCUCUGCGACGUGUGAAGGAUCAUUUCAUCUUUACCGUAGAGUCAACCGGAGCACUGCCUCCUGAAGUGUUGUUUACUGAAGCUGUGAAGAUCUUGGAGGACAAAUGUGAACGGGUGAUUACCGAGCUCUCAUAGUUUGUUGAAAGCCAGUCUCCUGUUGCUGGGAAGAUAAGGAUGUUGAUUUAUGUUUCUCAUUAUUCAGGUAUUGCAAGACCCCUUCUCCCUCCCUCCUCCCCCAAAAACAACAACAAAAAAAAAGGAGAAGAAGAAAGAAAGGAAGAAGAAUCUGAUUUGCCAUCUGAGUAUAUGGGGAAGAAAUACGAUUGUACUGUACUUCAGCAAACACUAUUUCUUCCUGUUGAAUGAGAAAAGAAUAAUAUAUCAUUUCAGUUUUUGCGCAUGAGAGAACAGUAGUAGUGUUUUAGCUACUCAAUAGUCUUAUGAAUGAAUACCAAAACAGGAGGGUGGUGACAUUCUUCCUAGCGCAAAUCAUUGGAGUAGACUUGCUUUGAUGAGGCUUCUUGCUCAUCAUCUUUGGUUUUAUGCUUUCUGUCUGACAAGAAAGGUUUUGCGCUGCAAAAUCUGCUCGCAAAACCUGUAAUUGAUUUUUGUAAAGUCACGCCGUAAUUGUAUGGGGUUGAAUGUAGUAACAGAUAAUUACCUAUUGCCUUGAUUUAA